GGCAGCCUUGGGCAGAUGAUAAGGCUUUUGUUCGGAACGUUAAAAGUUAAAAGUAGAGUUUAAUUUUAAUUAGAUCCAGAACCUAGAUCUCCUAGAAUCUAGCGUCAAGGCCUAGAAUCUAGAUCUAUUCUAGAAUCUAGAUCUGCAGGCAUGCAAGCCCCACAGUCUAAAGAAGAGAAACAGCUUGAUGCUUCAUUGGAUGAUCUUAUUCAUCGUGUUAGAGAACUAAAGCAAAGUAUACAAGGCUUCAUCUACAAACUUGAAAAUGAUUAUCAAAACAUUUCAUGGCCAAAUAUGAUGGAACAUUUUGGUGUCUUAUCAUCUGGUUUAAGCACUACAAAGAGACUGUUAAAAGCAGAAAAAAUGCCACUGUUGAGAAAUUAUGUUUUGUUUCCUAUUUUACUUUCACCUGACAGAGAUCCACAUUUGGAGAAACUUACAGAAGGUCGUGUUCUUGCAUUCAAUCAUGAAGUUGUACCUGACUACUUGAGGACCAAGCCAGAGCCAGAGGUUGAGGAGAAAGUACAGCUGUUGAGUGUCAAAGCUUCUUCUAUAACACCAGAAGUAGCACAGAAAAAGCAUGGAAUUCAGAUAAAAAAACAACUUACAGCAUUGAAUAAAAUAACAAGCAACAUUCUAGAUAUAAUAAAUGCUUCAAGUGAUGAGUGGGAAAAAGAUUCUAGUCAGAAAAAUGCUCCUCCACAAACCUCAUCUGCACAAGAUACAGCAUUUUUAAUCGGUAUGAUAACAAAGGGAACUAAUCUACGUCUAGAUAACUCAGGAAAAAUGCAACAAGGACCACCUAUGGGACAAAUGCAAAGUCAACAACAGCAGCAGCAACAGCAAAUGCAACCACAAAAACCUAUGAUGCCUGGAUCUGGCAUAGGAAGGGCUCCCAGUGCAAUCAAGACCAAUAUCAAAGCUGCUAUCACACCCCACCCCUACCAGAGACCUUAGAAAUUCAUUAUGAAUGAAUAUUUUGUAUAUACCAAUUGUAGUUUGCUAUUAAAUAUAUUAACACUGUUUGGGUCUUUUUUGUUUC